AUGGCGGCUUCCGCCGACAACGCAGCGGCCCCACAACCGCCGGAUUUGAGCGUAAAAUGCGGAGAAUGUCCGUGUUCCAAUUUAUGCAGCCAGCAACUACCACCACCUCCGCCGCCGCCGCCGCCGCCAAAGUGCGCCACCACUCCUCCACGGCCGCCGGCAACUCCGCCGCCUCCCAGGUUCGUGUACUUCUCGGGGUUGUCUCCCCCGCCGCCGCCGCCGCCGGUGAGGGGCUGGAAUUACUACUAUCCCACUGAUAAUCCUUUUGACCUGAAAAUUUACUCCGCCGCUUUGCGCCGCCGUAGCAAUGUCUUUGUAUCAGGCGUUAUGUUUCUCGUGGUGAUUGGCUGUGGGGUUUUACUUUUCUAG